UCCACGUUCCUCCAUUUUUUCCAUCUGCUUUUCAAACUUCAUCCUCCAGUUUCCACUGUAUUUUUGACUACUAUUCUUAUCCAAACCAGCGAAAAUGGACCCCAUUUGUUUAGAUCUCAUUGUCACACUCAUCAUUGGAGUCCUUACCGGAGAUGUUUUAUCAACUGGCGAAGUGAUCUACGCCGUUAACAAUGGAGGGCCGGCGCAUACAGACUUGAAUGGAGUGCACUACCAAGCUGAUCAGCUAGGCGUCGGUGUUCCAUCCGAUUUUGGCAAAAUGUUAACUAUAGGUAGAGUUGCUCCCCCUGACCAGAUACUUUACCAAACUGAACGUUAUCACUUGUCAAAUUUUGGCUACACGAUUCCUAUAAAGGAGAAUGGAGAUUAUGUUUUAAUCUUGAAGUUUUGUGAGGUGUAUUUUCAAGCUCCAAGACUUAAGGUAUUUGAUGUUGCAAUUAACUCACAUACGGUUAUCCAAGGAUUAGAUAUUUAUGAAAAAGUAGGCCGAGCAGUUGCACAUGAUGAGUAUGUUCCUUUCACAAUUAUGGACAAUCAGAUGCGAGUUAAGGGAGAAACUUUACCUUUUACUGGUUCUAUUCAUGUGGAGUUUAUAAAGGGUGUAUAUGAUAAUCCCAAGACCAAUGCGAUAGUUGUUAUGAAAGGAACUCUUGAAGAUGUUCCUAAGCUAUCACCACUAGCAGGACCUCAAGACGAAGAGGAAGAAAAGGAUGAAGUUGAAGAGAGUCAAAAAAUAGAACAACCAAAAAAGCCCCGCAAAACUUCAGGACCAAAAGCUGACRACCCAUAUGCAAAUGACGACACAAGCAUGCUCUUUCCAAUCUGUAUUGCUAUUGGAGUAUUCCUCCCAACCUUGUUUUGCCUUUGCAGAUUGUAAUGCGAUUCUUUUCAAAAAGUUAUAAGACUGAUUUAGUCUGCGUGCAAUACUACCCUAUUCUAGACCACAAGUCAUUCCCUAGAGAGUCAUUUCUUUGUUUGCUUGUAACCUUUUAAUUUGAUAUGCAUGACACAAAUAAACAACAUUAUGCUCAAGGGAAUGACAGUGAUUGUUGAAAAUGGAAAAACAUUAAGACUAAAUCCAUCUAUUAAGCAGUUGUCAUAAUCUAUUCAAAGCAGUUUUCAUGAGUGGGAACAAUAUAUGGCAAAUUUGAAGCCAUUUUGUAUCUCGAAGAAUGGAAAGCCAUCUUAACGUAACAGCAUUUGGUAACAUGUUUUACUGUCAUAAAGACUGUUGUCUUGAAAAUGUGUACUCAUACUGAGAAGGAAUGCAGACUGUAAAAAAACCAAGCACACACUGAAACAUUGUGGUUUGUCAUUGCCACUUUAAUUUUGAAGUGAUUUGUAAAACAUGGCUACUCCAUUUUAAGUUCAUAGCUAUUUCUUUGUUUUCCUUUACAUCUCUGUCAUAGUUGAAUGUUUGAAAGGUAUUUAGCCCUGAGAUAGUGAUAUUAAAAUUAAUUUUUAUUUGA